CAGGCCAGCAUUCCAGAACUGAUCUCUUACGCUGUCCCGGGGUGUCUGACUGGGGGGGAAAGUGCAGAGCGAGGGCAGCAUCGUCGGAGAUUCGUCAAGACAUGGCAAACGCAACAGUAGAGUCAGGAACGCCUCACCCAAACCCCCUUACAAUGGAAGAGAACAGAACAAGGAUUAGGGAAUCGGUUAGUAGGUGCUACGAUGAAGGGGUCUGUCCUGACGACUUGCACCUGGGUGAAGUGGUGGAAGAUGAAGGGGGCAAACGGUUCGUGGUGAACGAAUUGGUGAAUGAAGUUAAAGACAAAUGGUUGAAAGAGAGAUCAGUUAUAGUAGUCUUCCAGGGGGAAGCACGCACGCUAGCUAGAUCAGUGAAAGAGGACCUGAUUCGCGCCUACGAGGAUGGAUGGACAGCACAACGGCUCUUUCACCCGGAUACGAGACGGGGCAGAGUUAAAUUCGAAGGGGCUAAUGUUGCAUCCUACGUAGCUAAAGCGAAAGAGAUCGCGGAGUGGCUCGUGCAGGAGGGGGAACUGAAGAUUAAGCUAGGAGGGAAAGAAUACCAAGUGCUAUUCAAACCAAGACUUUCUUCGCAGGAGUUGCAGGAGGCCAGACUGCAGGAAGCAGAGUCCAAAUUCUGGAUUAUGGCCUUGAGAGUCCCUCUGGAUGCCUACUACUACCUGAAGAGUGCAGUAAGGGGUAUGUUUGGUGAAGUAGUAGAAAUGCAUAAUCCAGAGUACGACAGGGACAGGCCUAAACUAACGAAUGUGAAGUUCGAUAUGCCGCCAAAUGCCAGAUGUCGUAUUGAUGACGAUUUGGUGAUUGAAUCACCAAAAGAAGAACGCUGGAGAGUUGAUAUUGUUACGCCCUACACAGACUGGUGCCGAAGAUGCAAGUGGUACUACCACACGGAGGAGAACUGUCCCCGUCGCCAAAGCGAAGAUAGUCGGAGAAGCAAUGGGGAUAGGUAAGACGGACACAAAGCCAGAUACCAGGAAUAUCUAAUGAACCAGAUCCGCGAUC